UUUCGUCUUUUAAUAAAGAAAAUGCAAAAAAAAUUGUAGUGUAGAAAAGAAUAAUCGCAUACACUUAGAACAACUCUGUAGUAUUAUUAUUAGUUCGAGAGAAGAUAACAUGAUUGCAUCAUCUUCAUACCAUUUUCUAACACCUAGUUGAAGAUCAAUGCCAUUAUCCCUAUUACUGGGCCUUCUCGGACCGGCCAUGUGCAGUACAAGCAGGGUCGUCGUUGGAUACGCACGCGUGUUGGUCUUCGGUUCAGCCGGCUUUUUAGUGCUUCAUUGAUAUAGCCGUCGAUUUGUGGCUAACGUUAUUUAACUACUGGUCGUGAGAAAAUUUUACUUUGUGUUAAUAAUACUACACAAAAUGUUUCGACUUCCCAAUGUUUUGCGUUCAAACGCCCUUAGACAACUCUACCAUUCUCGGUUUUAUGCCAAAGACGUGCGAUUUGGCCCUGAAGUGAGAGCCUUGAUGCUGCAGGGUGUUGACAUUCUUGCCGAUGCUGUUGCUGUAACCAUGGGUCCAAAGGGUCGUAAUGUUAUUCUGGAGCAAAGCUGGGGAAGCCCUAAAAUCACAAAAGAUGGAGUCACUGUUGCUAAAGGUGUAGAAUUAAAGGAUAAAUUUCAGAAUAUUGGUGCUAAACUUGUCCAAGAUGUUGCUAACAACACUAAUGAGGAAGCUGGUGAUGGGACCACUACUGCAACAGUUUUGGCUCGAGCAAUUGCAAAGGAAGGGUUUGAGAAAAUAAGCAAAGGAGCUAAUCCCAUUGAAAUAAGAAGAGGAGUUAUGAUGGCUGUUGAUGCAGUAAAAGAUAAUUUGAAGUCUUUGUCCAAACCAGUAACAACCCCAGAAGAAAUAGCUCAAGUUGCAACCAUAUCAGCUAAUGGUGAUCAUCAAGUUGGAAGUCUCAUAUCUGAUGCAAUGAAGAAGGUUGGUAAGGAAGGUGUUAUUACUGUUAAAGAUGGAAAGACUUUAGAUGAUGAACUGGAGGUCAUUGAAGGAAUGAAGUUUGAUAGAGGGUAUAUUUCACCAUACUUUAUUAACACUUCCAAAGGAGCGAAGGUUGAAUUCCAGGAUUGCUUGAUACUCUUGAGUGAUAAGAAGAUUUCAAGUGUCCAAUCCAUUAUUCCUGCAUUGGAAUUGGCAAAUGCUCAACGCAAACCAUUAUGUGUGCUGUGGGUACUCAAAAUUGGCCUGCAGGUAGCUGCAGUAAAGGCCCCUGGUUUUGGUGACAAUAGGAAAGCAACUCUCCAAGAUAUGGCCAUUGCUACUGGUGGUAUUGUAUUUGGUGAUGAAGCCAGCAAUAUUAAAUUGGAGGAUGUGCAGAUGUCUGAUUUAGGCCAAGUUGGUGAAAUUUUAAUCACAAAAGAUGACACAUUAAUGUUACGGGGUAAGGGAAAGAAGGAUGACAUUGAUCGUCGUGCUGAUCAAAUUAGAGAUCAGAUUGAAAACACUACCUCAGAAUAUGAGAAAGAGAAACUUCAGGAAAGAUUAGCUCGUUUAGCAUCAGGUGUGGCAGUUCUGAAAGUAGGAGGUUCUAGCGAGGUUGAAGUGAAUGAAAAGAAGGACAGAGUUAAUGAUGCAUUGAAUGCCACAAGGGCAGCUGUAGAAGAAGGUAUUGUGCCUGGUGGUGGAACCGCUUUACUUCGAUGCAUUCGGGUUUUAAAUUCCCUUAAAGCUGUAAAUGAAGAUCAGAAAACCGGUAUUGCCAUCGUUAUGAAAGCACUAAGAAUGCCUUGCAUGCAAAUUGCGAAGAACGCUGGUGUUGAUGCAUCGGUGGUUGUAUCAAAGGUGGAGGAAUCUGAAGGAGAUUUUGGUUAUGAUGCCUUAAAUAAUGAAUUUGUAAAUUUAAUUGAGAAAGGAAUAAUAGAUCCCACCAAGGUUGUUAGAACUGCGCUCACAGAUGCAGCAGGUGUAGCGUCUCUCCUAACAACAGCCGAAGCUGUAGUAACAGACAUUCCUAAAGAAGAGCCUGCUGUUCCUGGCAUGGGAGGCAUGGGUGGUAUGGGCGGGAUGGGUGGAAUGGGAGGGAUGGGAGGGAUGAUGUAAACUUGCCAGUGUAGAAGAGUGAAAAGACUGAAAUGAAAGAAACUGAAUUCAGGAGUAGUUUGUGUUCAUAGCGAUGUGACAUAGUUGCAUGAGAAAGUGAAUUGUUUUAUAUUCUACCAAAUGAUCUGUUAAAUUUUGAAUGCAUGUUCAGUGUGAGAUGUUACCAGAUCCAGUUGUUGCCUGUAGUGUAUGAUAGAUUGUUUGAAGCUAAACAUCUCAUUUCUGUGGAAGUGUGCUGUUUAGAGUAGAAAAAUUAGGCUCGAGCUUUAUUCUCUUAUCUCCCAACUGAAACUUCUGUUCAUGUGAAGGACUACCAAAAUUGCAGUUGUCACUAUAUUUCUGUUAAUAGAAUUGCAGCUGCAAUAUCAAAUUCAAAGGACAGCUAUCUUGUGUCACCUGGUGCUCAAAAAUGAACAUUUCGCAUUUACUUAAAAUUUGUUAGCCCAAAUAUUUGUUAUAAUAAAGCUAUUUAAAAAAUGUUACUUCAGUUUGUAUCAAGAUUCAGUAUAAAUGAUUUACAUAAAUUAUCUUUACCUUUCCUUCCAUCCAUGUCAUUUUAAUUCUUGAAAUGAUUUAUGAACUAUAUACUUUUUAAAGAAGCUCUGAUAAAAUUGGGCAAAUGCAGUUUCUACACUAAGUUUAACUUGCUGGCUGAACGUUUUUGGUAAUAUAAAGUAAUAUUCUCAUGUCAUUCCAAGGUUUAUUUAAAGGACAUUUAAAAAUAAAUCAAUUUAAAAACUUGUUGGUUAAUUUAUUCUGGCAGUGAUUUUGAAAAUGUAUGGUGAAAAAGAAUCUCUCUCCUGUCCAAGACAUCUUGAGUUUCUGAAUUUUUAACUAUUACUCCUAAAGAUUACAGGGAAACCUUAGCCCACCACAUGACUGAUUCCUUACAAUUGUUUUAGGGGGGUGGUCUAAAAGAAAACUGCACUUUCAACCUACUCACCCCUGCUGCUGUGAUUAUUACAAUAGGCAUAACACUAUUCUAGUUUCAAAUGAAAGCUUUGCUUCAUUAAAGUAUUUUAAUCAACUAUUAUUACAAAAAUGAGU